AUGAUUAGUGAAGACCGGCUUGAUGUCAGCCUUGUCGGGGAAUUGGUGAUAAUACCAGGAACCAUCUAUACUAUAGAGAAGUGGCAGAGACCUGAAGUCAUUGUUGGUGUAAUUGUAAGCCGUUCUCCCCCCGGACGAGAAUGGGAAGACAUAACAGAAACAGCAGCAGACUCAAUUUUCUUAAAGGACGUCUUUAAAGGAUUUUUUAUAGCAGUUUCAAAAAUAUUUCAAGAACCAGCGACAAUAAAUUACCCAUUCGAAAAGGGCCCACAGAGUCCCCGUUUCCGAGGGGAACACUGUCUACGUCGGUGAUUAUUUAUAAUAUUUUUGAGAUAUCCUUCAGGGGAAGAGCGCUGUAUUGCAUGUAAGUUGUGUGAGGCGAUCUGUCCCGCUCAGGCCAUCACAAUCGAGGCCGAAGAAAGGCCUGAUGGUAGCAGAAGGACCACUCGUUAUGACAUUGACAUGUCGAAAUGUAUAUUCUGUGGACUGUGUCAGGAGGCGUGUCCCGUCGAUGCAAUUGUAGAGGGACCCAAUAGUGAAUAUUCUACUUAUACACACGAGGAAAUGCUGUACAAUAAGGAGAAACUACUCGCUAAUGGAGAUAUGUGGGAAACAGAGAUUUCUCAGAAUCUUGCACUUGAGGAAAAUUAUCGAUGA